UAAUUCUGUAUUUAUAAACAAUCCAAUUAUAGUAUUGUCGCAUUCAGUAAUAAACACUUUUCCUAGUAAAAAUCAAUACUCAAUUCUUAAAACUCUUUUCUGUCGUUUAAUUUUUUGUUAUAAGCAUCAUGGGCAAAGUCAAGAUCGGAAUCAAUGGUUUUGGAAGAAUUGGUAGAUUGGUGGCUAGAGUGGCACUGCAGAGUGAUGACAUUGAACUUGUCGCUGUCAAUGACCCCUUUAUCACCACUGACUACAUGACCUACAUGUUCAAGUAUGACACUGUUCAUGGCCAAUGGAAGAAACACGAGCUUACUGUUAAGGAUGAAAAAACUCUUCUCUUUGGCGAUAAACCCGUCAAAGUAUUUGGUGCUAGAAAUCCCGAAGAAAUUCCAUGGGGUGAGGCUGGAGCAGAGUAUGUUGUGGAAUCCACUGGAGUUUUCACUGAUAAAGACAAAGCUGCAGCCCACUUGAAGGGAGGAGCAAAGAGGGUUGUCAUUUCAGCACCUAGCAAGGAUGCACCCAUGUUUGUUAUGGGUGUCAAUGAGAAGGAAUACAAAGCCGAUAUUAACAUUGUUUCGAAUGCUAGUUGCACUACCAACUGUCUUGCUCCAUUGGCUAAGGUUAUUAAUGACAAAUUUGGUAUUGUCGAGGGACUUAUGACCACGGUCCACUCUAUUACUGCAACGCAAAAGACUGUUGAUGGACCUUCGAUGAAGGACUGGAGAGGUGGACGAGCUGCUGCUCAUAACAUUAUCCCUAGCAGUACCGGAGCUGCCAAGGCUGUUGGAAAAGUUCUGCCAGCACUGAACGGAAAGUUGACUGGGAUGGCUUUUCGUGUUCCAACUGUUGAUGUUUCAGUGGUUGAUCUAACGGCGAGGCUUGAGAAAGCUGCUACCUAUGAUGAAAUCAAGGCAGCUCUCAAGGCUGAGUCUGAGGGUAAAAUGAAGGGAAUUCUUGGCUACACUGAAGAUGAUGUAGUCUCAUCUGAUUUUAUCGGUGAUUGCAGGUCAAGCAUCUUUGAUGCCAAGGCUGGUAUUGCUCUUAAUGGGAACUUUGUUAAGGUUGUCUCGUGGUAUGACAACGAAUGGGGCUACAGUAACCGAGUUAUCGACUUGAUUCGUCACAUGUCAACUGUUGCAUAAAGAGUUAUUUUUCUCUCAAUGCCGGCUGGUUAUAGUUCAGCAAAGAAGAAUUAAAGAAGCUCUGGAAUAAUAGAGAAAUAAGAGAUCAGUGCACUCUAUGCAGAUCCCUUCUGUUAUUUUUGGAGUUCUAUUAGAAAGCUUCUGAGAAUUUUUCAUGAGGAUUUUUUUGUUAUAGUUCAUUAGGAAUAAUAAGACGAAUGAGUGUAUUCUGCUCAUAUUUUUUGUUAGAAAAAUGCUUUUCGGCGACUUCCAAUGUUCAAUUGAAUUGUAGUAGUGACUAUUUCUCAUUUGCACCUUCAGUGUUCUCUCGUUAACUCUGUGAAACUAGUCCCUCCGUUCA